AGGCAGUUCAGCCCGCCUGUUGCCGUCGCCUGUCAGCAUUUCGUUGAAGUUGGAGUCGCAGUCGCCAUCACCAUCACCAUCGCCGCCGCCAAUCUCCCUCAGGUGUCUUGGGCGACCAUCCAGCCACUUUGAGUGUGAACAGUUAUUGGCAUGCCACGCCCCCGCACAGCGUAGCAACAGGAGCAAGGAGCAAGGAGCAGCAGCAGGAGCCGGAAGAAGAAGCGUAAAUAAAUAUGAUAAAGCUUAAGAAUAUAUAAUAAAGGAGAGAAGACGCAGCGGCAACAGAGGAAGAAAAGUUUAAAUGAAAUAACGCAAUAUAAAAACAUAAAUAACUAAGGAAAGUGCCGAAGAAGGGGCUAGCGAAGAGGAGCCCAAAAAAGUAGGCAACAAAAAAGAGGAGCAGGAGCAGGAGCUGAAAAUCUGGGAAGCUAGUAGGCACCCCCAGAAGAAAAGAGCAGAGAAGAGCUGAGAAGAGCCCCAGGAUAAGCGGAGGAGCAGAGCAGGAACUGGAGAAUCAGGCGAAGGACCCGGACCCGGAAACAGAAGAGCAGUGCAGCCGGACAAGGGAGAAUAGAGCUCAAUUACGCCGCCAAACUGUCGUGUCAGCAACAACGUGAAAUGUGCAAUUCCUGGCUGGUGCUCAUAAUUGCGCUCUCCGUUGUCGUCUGCCUGUGGAACUCGCAACAAACCGAAACAUCCAAAUCAUGCCCAGCCGAGUGCAUCUGCUUGUCCCAGACUCAAGUGCUGUGUAACACGGGCGGCCUAGACCAGAUCCCGCUGCGCCAGCUGCCGGCGACGGUGGAGAACCUGGCGCUGACCAAGAACAACUUCCCGAUCAUCAAGCCGGACUCGUUCGCCGGUCUGCGGGCGCUGAAGAAGCUCUCGCUGGACGGCAACAACAUCACGCGGAUCAAGCAGUUCGCCUUCCGUGGACUGCCGCGGCUGAAGGAGCUCUCCAUCCAGUACACGCCGCUGCAAAUGGUGGCCCAGUUCGCGUUCGCCGGCCUGCAGAACCUGUCCACAAUCCUGCUGAGUCACAACCAGAUUCAGCGGAUCGAGGGCAACGCCUUCGCGGGAACGUCGAACAUCAAGCUGAUCCUGCUGACCAACAACCCCCUGAUCCGCAUUGACAGCUCGGCCUUCUCCAGUUUGACGAACGUGGGCCACUUGAUCCUGCCGUCUGGCAUCCGCAGCAUCGAGCAGGACGCUUUCUUCGGCAUGGACACUGUGGGUCUGCUGAAGCUGGCCUACAUGGACCUCAAGGAGGUGGCGCCCUUCACCUUCCGCGGGCUGUCCAAUGUGCUUCUGCUCACGCUGCAAGAGUCGGAUCUGGGCGUGAUCUGCGCGGACGCCUUCACCGGACUUACCCAAGUGGAAACGCUGCAGGUCCUGAACAACAAGAUCGACUCGAUCGAGGAGCUGAACUUCACCAGCACGGCGGCCAUCAAGCACCUCAAGUUCUUCGGCAACCACGUGCUGGAAACGCCCGAUCCCAACUCGAUCAUCGUGGACGGCGUGGAGCACCUGCUGCUGGUUAGCAACCACUUCCCCUGCGGCUGCCACAUCCACACCUUGCUGGAUGGACCGCUGGCCGAGGGCGCCCACAACUUGACGGACUUCCUGCAGAAGAAUUACUGCAUCUCGCCCCUGGAGGUCAACGGUCGGGUGAUGAGCGAGCUGGACAUCGACUCGAUUGGCCGCUGCUCCGACCAGCUGACCAAGGGCAACCUGGGCAGCUCGGCGGCCUCGCUGGCCCUCGGGAUCAACUCGAUGCUGCUCAUAGCGGUGGCCAGCUGCGCUGAGUGGCGCCACGUCCGCCUCCUGGCCAACCGGCUGGCCCAGCUCCUCGGCCACGUGGCCUGGCGACGGCGUCGGAAACGGCGGAAGGACAAUUAG